AUGCCCGUCAAGGCUGCGACUCCGGCAACCCUGCCAUCCAGGUGGAAGUCACCACCGAACAGGGGGUCUUCCGUGCAAGAGUGCCCGGCUCCGGCGAGAAUAAGGAAUUUGACUUGCGUGACGGUGGCUACAGGGGUUGUGGUGUCCAAGAUCGCACCUGCUCUCAUCGGCAAAGGCGCGACAGAUCAGCAGGGUAUCGACAAGAUCAUGCUGGAUUUGGAUGGCACGGAGGACAAGACAAACCUGGGAGCCGAUGCCAUUCUAGGCGUGUCCCUUGCCUGCUGCAGGCACCACUUUGCGGUUCAGUGCGACACGGCUGCGGUAAACGCUGCCCUCGGCGCGGCCGCAGUCGCGUCGACUUGGAGCUGUGCCCUCGCCACAGGAUCUUGGUUUCUCGACAUCAGCAUGGAACUCGACCUGAUUGGUCGAAACAUUCUGCUUCUCAUCUUACGUGAUGGCGCAACAGAGACAAGGUCAGCGGAAAUGGGCAUCUGUUACAGUAGAGCCCUCUACAAGCAUACCAAGGAGAUGCGAUACCUUGCCAGAUCGCCGAGCCUCGCGACACUGCUGAGGGAACUUCUUUGCCGUGCCAGUCCCUCGAUGUACCAAGAUGGCAGCAAGCAAAGCCACGGAACGGAGACGAUUCGGAAGAUCCGGAAGUUCCUUGUGCCCUUAGCCUGCAGAGCAUAUGGAGCUUGCAAGCAGAUGAUGAAGGGGAAGCCUCCUACGGGUGGGGAGGGGCUGGCUCAGCAUGUCAAAGAAAAG